UCUGCUCUCUCUAUCUCAUCUUCCCCCAAUAUUAUUCCUUUGUCUCUUCCUCUCCUUUACUUUACUCCAAGCAAAGUAUUGCCCCAAUACACAUCCCGUGACUUUUCAUCAUCUCUCUCUCUCUCAAAUUAAGAAUCUUUUCUUCUUCUUCCUUCUUCUCCAAUGGCUCUUCUCUGAAAAAAAAGCAUCUCUCUGCUCCAUCGUUAAUGUCUUUCUUACUCUUCUUCUUUAUUUCAAUCUUGCUCUGCUUCUUCAAUGGAGCUACUACUACUACAGAGUUCGAUUUCUCCACGCUAGCUAUAAGCAACCUAAAGCUCCUCGGUAAUGCUCGUCUAAGCAACGGAAUCGUCAGCCUCACGCGUGACCUCUCUGUACCUAACUCCGGUUCCGGAAAAGUCUUGUACGCUAACCCAAUCAGAUUCCGACAACCCGGAACUCACUCUCCGACAAGCUUCUCAACUUUUUUCUCCUUCUCAAUCACCAAUGUCAACCCUUCUUCCAUCGGCGGUGGUCUCGCUUUCGUCAUCUCUCCCGACGCAAACUCAAUCGGCUUCGCCGGUGGCUCGCUUGGACUCACCGGUCCAAACGGUUCCGGUUCAAAAUUCGUCGCCGUCGAGUUCGAUACUUUAAUGGACGUGGAUUUCAAAGACAUUAAUAGCAACCAUGUCGGAUUCGACGUAAACGGCGUCGUUUCCUCUGUUUCAGGCGAUCUUGGCACCGUUAACAUCGAUCUCAAGAGCGGCAACACCGUCAAUUCAUGGAUCGAAUACGACGGAAGCGGCAACACCGUCAAUUCAUGGAUCGAAUACGACGGAGUAACUCGGGUCUUCAACGUAUCGGUCUCUUACUCCAAUCUGAAACCUAAAGUUCCGAUUUUGUCCUUCCCUCUCGAUUUAGAUCGAUACGUGAACGAUUUCAUGUUCGUCGGAUUCUCCGGUUCAACUCAGGGAAGCACAGAGAGUCACACUAUCGAAUGGUGGAGCUUCAGUUCCUCAUUCGGGUCGGGUUUCGGAUCCGGAUCCGGUUCACCUCCUCCUCGGGCUAAUUUGAUGAAUCCGAAAGCUAAUUCGGUGAACUCUCCGCCGCCAUUAGCGUCGCAACCGUCUUCUUCAGCGAUUCCGAUCACAAGCAACACUCAAUCGAAAACUUCGUCUUCGUCUUGCCACAACAGCUUCUGCAAAGAGAACCGUGGAGCAAUCGCCGGAGUUGUAACCGCCGGAGCUUUCUUUCUAGCACUAUUCGCCGGAGCUUUGUUCUGGGUCUACUCCAAAAAGUUCAAACGAGUCGAGAGAUCUGACUCUUUCGCAUCGGAGAUCAUCAAAGCUCCUAAAGAGUUCAGCUACAAAGAACUCAAAGCCGGUACAAAGAGCUUCAACGAGAGUCGAAUCAUCGGACACGGAGCCUUCGGAGUUGUUUACAGAGGAAUAUUACCUGAGACAGGAGACAUCGUCGCCGUGAAACGAUGCAGUCACAGCUCACAAGACAAAAAGAACGAGUUUUUAUCUGAGCUAUCCAUAAUCGGAAGCUUAAGACACAGAAACCUCGUGAGGUUACAAGGAUGGUGUCACGAGAAAGGUGAGAUUUUGUUAGUGUACGAUCUUAUGCCAAAUGGUUCGCUUGAUAAAGCUUUGUUCGAGUCACGUUUCACGUUACCGUGGGAUCAUCGGAAAAAGAUCUUGCUUGGUGUUGCGUCUGCGUUAGCUUAUUUACAUAGAGAGUGUGAGAAUCAAGUGAUUCAUAGAGAUGUUAAAAGUAGUAAUAUAAUGUUAGAUGAGAAUUUUAACGCCAAGCUUGGAGAUUUCGGAUUAGCGAGACAGAUUGAGCACGAUAAGUCCCCGGAAGCGACUGUUGCCGCCGGGACGAUGGGGUAUUUAGCGCCGGAGUAUCUUUUAACCGGUCGUGCUACGGAGAAGACUGAUGUUUUUAGUUACGGAGCGGUGGUUUUGGAAGUGGUUAGUGGGAGAAGACCGAUCGAGAAGGACUUAAAUGCGCAAAGACAUAAUAAUGUUGGUGCAAAUCCGAAUUUAGUAGAAUGGGUGUGGGGUUUGUAUAAAGAAGGGAAAGUUUCGGCUGCGGCUGAUUCUAGACUUGAAGGUAAGUUUGAUGAAGGUGAGAUGUGGCGGGUCAUGGUAGUGGGACUGGCUUGUUCUCAUCCGGAUCCAGCAGCUAGGCCUACUAUGAGGUCAGUGGUGCAAAUGCUGAUUGGUGAGGCUGAUGUACCGGUUGUGCCUAAGUCUAGACCAACCAUGAGUUUUAGCACUUCGCAUUUGUUGCUGAGUUUGCAAGAUACGCUCUCUGAUUGUAAUACCGUGGCUUUGAAUUCUAGCCGUUCGUCGUCGUGGUCUGUCCCAGAACAUAACGUUAUCAUUCGAAGCGACGAUGACCAUUUGAUAUAGUCUAUAUCAUAUAGAUUUAGAUAUAUUGGAGUUGAAACAAAGAGAUGUGUUUUGUGUGUUUGAUUAUUUGAUUAGAUUUUGAUUUGUGUUGUAACAUUCAAUUCAUUUAUGUUUCUUUCAAUGUAUGUAAGAUAAGGAAAAAAAAAUGGUUGAAUAGAACUUAGAAGCCAUUAUCUAAGCAAUU